GGCGCUAGUUGGCGCAGUCUUGUUGCUGUAUAUUUGUGGGUAUGGUAUCGUAUUUUCGUAAUGACAGAUUUUCUUCGCACGUUUUAUAAGCCCGGCUAUUUGCUUUUGGGACCUUUAUAUACGUGUUCCCAAUAAUUAUCAAUUGGCAAUGUCGUAAAGAACAAAGACGUUACCGUAUCAUCAUUACCUACAGCAUCACUCCGUUUUCGGGCGACAAAUUAGGUUGCCACUUACACGGAACAACGCGUGGUCCACUGAAUCCCCAAAACCCAGUAGUGACUCGAAGGUUCCGUUUCAGAACAUCGCAAUCCCAACGAGAGCGCAUAAUACUCAAGAACAAAAGCACGGAUUCACGCUGUUUGGAAAUUCAAGGUGCUCCUGCAACCUGGGAAAAGCUGCCCUCUUGAUCGCCUGAUCCGAAACGGGAAUUUGGCCUGCUGCAUACAUAUUGCUCUCUAUUGACUCAGAGCUGUCCGCAGGCCGGCUAAAUAUAGUUGAUUCCAAACCAGACCUUGCCUGGGUGCCUUCUGCCUGACAACAGAGCCAAAGGUGGCCUAACAAAAUCAAUCUUCCUCCGCAAAGGACCGCAAAGGGCCAGCCACGAUGUGGUCUGCGUCACAACUUUUUUAUCUUGGUGUUUUUGCUUUGUUGGGACCCCAAGUCCACUGUCAGAUUCCUCAAGAUGCUUGUGCGAUAUCUCCCCGCGCCAUAGUCUCGGACGCAUGCGCAUCAUACUCGACCCUCGAGCGCCUCAACAGCAACCUGAAACCCGCCAUCGACGACGUCACGAGAUCGACCGAUUUCUUCUCCCACUACAGGCUCAAUCUCUUCAACAAAAAAUGUCCCUUCUGGAACGACGAGGGCGGCAUGUGCGGCAACAUUGCCUGCGCGGUCGAGACGCUCGACAACGAGGAGGACAUACCCGAAGUCUGGCGCGCCAGCGAGCUCGGUAAGCUCGAGGGUCCGCUGGUCGAGCACCCGAAUAAAAAGGCCCAGAGGGAGCAGCCGGAGAAGCCGCUGCGGGGCAAGCUGGGCGAGGACGUGGGCGAGAGCUGCGUCGUCGAGUACGAUGACGAGUGCGACGAGCGCGACUACUGUGUGCCCGAGGACGAGAGCGCAUCCGCCAAGGGAGACUACGUCAGCCUUUUGAGGAAUCCUGAGCGGUUCACCGGGUACGCCGGCGCCGGCGCCGCCCAGGUCUGGGAUGCCAUAUACCGGGAGAACUGUUUCUCGCGGUCCUCGUUCCCGAAUGCGCCAAAACCGCCGCCAUCAGCCUUGGGCGGCGGCCUCUCGAGCAACAGCAAAAACCCGGCCGCCAUGGACUUCCGGUCCGUCUUGGAGGCUGCGGGGCGGCAGCAGGUUUUGCAAGAGAGGCGUGCCGAGGAGCCCAAUACGCCUUUCGUAGCCAAGACGGGUCUGGAGAGCGAAGACGAGUGUCUCGAGAAGCGAGUCUUUUACCGCGUGAUCUCGGGCAUGCAUGCGAGCAUCAGCACGCAUCUGUGCUGGGACUUUUUGAACCAGACGACGGGACAGUGGCAGCCGAACCUGGCCUGCUACGAGAACCGUCUCCACCGUUUCCCGGAGCGCAUCAGCAACCUCUACUUCAACUACGCGCUCGUGACCCGGGCCAUCGCAAAGCUUGGCCCGCACCUGUCGGGAUACACGUUUUGCACAGGCGACCGGGACCAGGACGCCGCCACGCGCUCCAAGGUCCUGGCAGUCACCCAGGGUGCGGCUAGCGUGCCCCAGACGCUGGACGAGUCCCUCAUGUUUAAGAACGGCGAGGGCCCGUCGCUCAAAGAGGACUUCCGGAACCGGUUCCGCAACGUCAGCCGCCUGAUGGAUUGUGUAGGCUGCGACAAGUGCCGCCUCUGGGGCAAGCUGCAGACGGCCGGCUACGGCACGGCCCUUAAGGUCCUAUUUGAGUUUGACAACGUCAAGAACGGCGGAGAAAUACCGCUCGUCCUUAAGAGGACCGAGCUGGUGGCGCUGUUCAACACGUAUGCCAGGCUCAGCUCUUCGCUCACCGCGCUGGGUAAGUUCAGGCAGAUGAUCGAGGAACGUGAAGGCUCCAAGAGUGUUCAGGAUCGGGAGCAGAAGCCCGACGAGAGCGAGUCUGCCAGCGCCCAGAGUAUACCCGACCGGGCGAGGAAGCCCCAUCGUGUGAUGGACGAUGGCGACAAUGAGACGGAGGAAGACAUCCCUCGCUACAAAGAACCGGAAAAUCUCUCCGAGGAAUUUUACCAGGAGCUGGACAAAGUUUACAGGGUGUUCAGAUAUGUCAUCAAGCAGUGGCUUUCAUUCCCAACGACCAUUUGGAACAUUAUCUCGAGCGAGUUCACUCGGUUUUGGCAAUUUUACCUUGGUUUGCCAGUGUCACCACGACAAUGGGCUUUCCACCGCCCCAACAUUGACGAGCUAUGAUUUGACGAUGUUGCCCUUUUACAUUUAAAAUUUCCUUUUUGGUUGCAUGUGGAUAACUUAUCAUCACUUAAAAGAUAAGGAACCUCUGGCGUUAUUGGGAGCAUGGCUGCAGGUGCUUUCGCAUCUUUGCAGAAAAUAUAUUGAACUUUUAUGGCUAUUUUAUGUCUGGAGUUGCUGGAUUCGGGCCAGGAUGCACUAUCGCUGUGCUUUCUGCUGGUUUCAUGACUGUACAUAUGUCGGAAUUUUAAAGGCACGUUUGCUUGGGUCUAUAUGACAGGUUAUCAUUGAACGACAUACACUACGUGCUGAAGAGGGAUCCGACCUCUGAUCGCUUCUGUCCAUAGUCGGCCAACGACAAACUGGUAAUGAUGUUGCCAAUCUUGACCUUGACGGACUCGAUGGGAAUCUCCAUCGCGGCCACCUGGUCCCGGAAGUUUUCAUACGCCACAUCCGUUCGAGAUUGGAGCGACCCUGUCACAUCAACGAACGACCAAGCAACAGACAGAUGGAAUCGAUCCAUCACCCUUCCACCAUCGGAGUACAGCUCCGGCUGACCAAACUCCCUAACCACCUCAUUGCACCUUUCGAGCAGUCGGGUCAGGCCAAGGUUGCCACCAUCGCAGCUUUCCUGCACCCGUAGAACCAAGAACGCGCGAUUCGAGUCUGGCGACCUGUGCCACGAGAGUGCAGACGGACGAACGGCGAAGCGCGAGAAUGAUCGCAGCCGGAGUGCGCCUGGCACACGCGACAGGAAAACGUCCUUUUGCUCCGUGGUCAGCACGAACGGGCGCGAGAGGCUAAUGUGCAGCGGUAGCGGGGUGCCCAGAUCGCUUGUCAAGAAGCUAUGCAGCUCAGCCCCGACUUGGUGGUCGUCCGACCGUAAGGCUGAGACUAGAGAGCUUAAAACAUUGCACUGGGCUUGUGAGGGGAACCCUGCGGGGUAUUAAUGAACAAAAAGGUCAGCACUAGAAUAAGACGUGUUUAAAAUGUGGUACGACGUAAAGACCCAAGGGACCAAAGGGGGGAACAAACAUUCGAUGUAGAUGUGGCUCGGCCAGUUGCCAACCACGUGAGGAAUCUGACGAGACCGCCCGUGGUGCAGUGCUGGGUCGUCGCGGGUGCUGGUGCGAACUGUCGAGGCAUACAGGUCAUGGAAUGAAGCCGGAAGCGGCGGCAAUGAGGCUGAUGAGCCCCUAGUGCCGCCAACGUUCAAUACUGGCGCCGACUUUGAUGCUUCUUCGGCGGCCGAGUCGUCAUCUGACGAGUAGUCUACCAGGGUCAUUGCGAUGUGUCAUGGCUAGUGGUUCAUUUGGAUGUAUUCUCUCUCUCUCUCUCUCCUUUUUUUUUCUUUUUUUCUUUUUUUGUGCAAUUCAGACGAACGACUGUCAGCUUGUCAGAUGCUGGUUGCAGGUGCAGAUGCAUGCAGAUGCAGAAUAGACGCGAUCCAAUGGUAUCUGCAAUAAACGAUUGGUAGUUUGCGCUUGGUGGAGGAGUGAUUUAUUGCAGUGGUUCACGAACGCUCCCUCCACUCAUAAUCCGUUGAGAUUCCCCCAAAUUGACUGCAAGCGAUGGAAUCUUCUGCGAUGCAGGGACUUACUACUGCAUUGCUUGGCACCUGCUUCCUUGCCAAGGGUGCCUGGUUCGGUCUCGCUUGUUGUCCUUGCAUCAGCGGGGCAGCCUCCGCCAACUCACUCACCUCCAAAAAAAAAAAGAGAGAAAAAAAAAAGCUCUGAGACUCCGCUCAACGGGACUUUUUUUCCUUAUCUUGAAUUCAAAAUGAUCAUUCAAUCGA